CAUCAGAUCCCUUACUCGGCGCAUUUCGAAAACUCACUACACCAUAUCCUCGAAUACCCACCCCGCUCCUCUCGCGACGGCAUCACCAUCAUCCCGAAUACUUCGUCGCAACAACCACAGCAAGGAGUGUCCAUCCGCGAAAGAGAUGUCGAUGCUAGAAAUCUACCGCACAUCACGUUACAGCAAUUACCGCUCAGUGUACACGAUCCCCGUCGGAUAUUCGCGAGUCCAGUACCUGGGAUACGAUUGACGCAUCCGGGAGGUUGGUUGGAAGGAGGAGAAGGGCCGAGUGGUGAAGAGCAAAGAGCUUGGGCUAGGGAGUUUGUGGAAGCGAACAACAUCUCUGGAGAGCAAGAGUUGGGCAUGGCGGUGCAACAUCACAUGCAGCAGAAUGUUGAGUUGGCGAAAGAGAGGAUGCGCGCGAGAUAUGAAGCUCAACAACAGAAUGCACGUGUGGAAAAGGAGAUCAAGACGUUGAUGGAUCAGAGGGAGAUGGAGGUCAAGAUUGAAACACGCAUGAAGGAGGAUGCGAGGAUACGGAGGGAGAAUCGCGAACAUAAGAGG